GAUGAUUGCUACUACUCUGGAUAUGUAGAGGAUGUCCCAGAAUCUGUUGCAGUUCUCAGCACCUGCUCUGGACUCUGGGGCCAUUUGAUGAUUUACGAUUUAAACUAUGAAAUUGAACCUGUUAAAUCUUCCUCUACAUUUCAACAUGUUAUUUAUCGAAUGGCAGCUGAUGAAGAUUCACCUGAUCAAUGUGGAGUAACUGAUGAAGGUAUCAAAGAUCAAGCCACUAAAGGCAGAGAACAUCAAAUAUCUAUGGAUCAGAUGGAGAGACAAUCUGAAGUAGAUAAAUAUGAACUAGACACUUUGUACACAUCUACCAGAUAUUUAGAGUGUUAUUUUGCUGCAGACAAAGCAAAGUUUCUCUUUGAAGAUUCCAAUGAAACUUUGUUGACAUUGAAGAUGGUUCAAUAUAUCCAUUUGACAAGUGAGAUGUACCGUCCAUUUGGUCUUCAUGUUGUUCUUAUUGGAUUAGAGCUUUGGACAGAAAGGGAUCUCAUUACAAUUACACACCGUUUGGGUGACAGUCUUGGAUUUUAUUCAGCUUAUGCUGGAAAGUUCCUUAUGGGCCGUGUACAUUUCGACCACACAGAAUUAAUUUUGGGUGGAAGAUAUCCAGGGGGUCUUGGAUUUUCAUAUGGAGACAAUCUGUGCACUAGAAUUCCCUCAGUAGCUGUUGUCAAAGUAUGUGAAAUAUAGUCCAUAGCAAGAGGUAAAUCAGCACUCUAUGAUGCAACCAUUAUUGCACAUGAGAUGGGUCAUUCUCUUGGCUUCUCUCAUGAUGAUGAGCCGCCAAAUACAGCUAGAGGUUGUGUUUGCAAAUGCCCCAAAAGAGGAAAAUGUAUCAUGUGGUCAUUUAGCCCGUGGUACAUAUGCACAGAGUUCAGUAACUGCUCCAGAGCAGCCUAUUUCAACAUGAUAAGAAAACCAGGAAAAACUUGCCUUCUUAACAUACCAGAAAAGAAAAUAUUUGGAACACAGAUGUGCGGUAAUGGUGUAAUAGAAGAUGAGGAGGAAUGUGACUGUGGUAUGGAUGAGGUGUGCCUACGGAGUGGUUGUUGCCUAUCCAAUUGUACAAUAAAACAAGGUGCUGCUUGUGUUUCUGGACUUUGCUGCAAAAACUGUCAGUUGCAUAGACAAGGGAAAAUAUGCAGAGAAAGUAUUGGUGAGUGUGACCUUCCUGAGUACUGCAAUGGGACUUCAAGCUGGUGCCCAGAGGAUGUAUAUAAGCAGGAUGGAACUCCAUGCAGUGACAAAGACCGUUGUUUCCAAGGGAGAUGCCGUAACCAUGAGAGACAGUGCAAAGCUGUAUUUGGCAAAGCAGCACAUCUGGCCCCACUGAGUUGUUUCAAAGCAGUGAAUACUGAAGGUGACCGGUGUGGCAACUGUGGUGGGGAUGGACUUACUUACAAUAAAUGUGAAGAGAAAGAUGUCUUGUGUGGAAGACUGCAGUGUGUUAAUGUUAAAAAAAUACCUCAAAUGAAAAGUCUUGGGUCCAUAGUUCAAACUCCAGUUGAUGAUAUCUUGUGUUGGGGUACAGAAUUUCAUGCUGGGAGGGACAUGGUGGAUGUUGGCUCAGUGAUAGAUGGCACAGCAUGUGGCGAUAACAAGAUAUGUAUAAACAGGACAUGUGUCAAUAUAAAAAUUCUGGAUUACGAUUGUAAUUACACAAAAUGCAGUAACAGAGGGCUGUGCAACAGUAAGAAAAACUGCCAUUGUGAUUUUGGUUGGGCCCCUCCAGAUUGUAAAUUAAAAGGCUUUGGAGGAAGUGUUGACAGUGGACCCCCUCCGACUGCCAGUAUGUCCAGUAGUGAGAUUGUCAUUAUGGGAAUAGCAAUAGGAAGCAUCCUUCUUCUUCUUCUGGUUCUCAGCUUUGCUGUGCAUAAAAGAGCUCAAAUUGCUCGGGUCUUUAGCAGGUCCUCCAGAAAAAGACAGGCAACACAAGGUGAUUCUGGUGCUGCAGACACAAAGAGUGUGAAGAAGAAAAGCAGUAUUCGGUCUAAAAAGUAG